AUGCGCACGUGGGCUCAGAUAUCGGCGCGCUUGGCCUGGUUGCUCUUCUGCCUCGUCUCCCACGCCAGCCACGUGGCAAAUGACGUCACCCUCCUCCUAGGCUUUUUCCUCACCGGGCAGGUGCUCACCCUGCCCGGCGCCGGCGCGUCCGCGUCGCAGCACCUUCACCUGCCCGUGUUCGGCGCGACGAACGUGCACAUCGGCCCGGCGAAGGGUAACACGUCGGCGAAGUUCAUUCGCCCGGGCGUGAAGGGCGGCAUCAGCAUCAGCCGCAUGUGCAAGAACUGCGCGUCGUUCGUCAUGUACGCGGGCUGGAACAUGCCCGGCGCGCUCGUCACGUGGCAGAUGCUGCUCGACGUCGUCACCGCCGUCGCGCUAUUGUCCAUCCCGAUACAGCUCUACGUCUUCGUUAAGAGCUCCAAGAAGUUCCCCUACCAUCUGCUCAUCCUGCAGUUCGGUGCCUUCGUCACCACUACAGGCCUGACCCAUCUGUUGGAGCUGUUCUCGUACGGCCAUCUGCCGCGCUUCCUGCUGCUGGGCAUAACGGCGUGCAAGCUGCUGUCGGCGCUCAUCAGCUGCUGCACCGUGCUGCAGCUGGGGCUCGAACUCAGCGACAUUGCUAUGGUGCAUGAGAGGACCGUGCAGCUCAAGAGCAAGACGGAGGAGAGCAACAAGGAGGUGACGCGGCUGAUGGAAGCGCACGAGGUGGAGCAGCAGCUGCGGCUGAUAGGCCAGCGCAUCCGCAGCACGCUGGACCGCGGCGUCAUCAUCAGCACCGCGCUGCUGGAGCUGCGCGACCUGCUGGGCCUUGAGAACGCCGCGCUCUGGCUGCCCGCCCCUAACGGGCGAUCAUUAGAGCUGACUAACGAGUGCGAGCACCGAGUCAACCCCAUGCUCACGCUCGUUCCACUCAAGGACAAGGUCGUCUCACAGGUGAUAGCCAACCGAGCGGCCAUGGUCAUCCCAUCAUCCUGCCAGCUCGUGGAGUGCUCUGCGCUGCCGCCCCCGCUAGGCUCGGGCCGAACCAUUGAAGGAGGCGCUGCUGCCGUCCCAGUAACACUAGCAGACCCGGCCACGCCAGGAGCAAGGAGCCCUCAGGACCCCUCCGCGGUGGAGUAUGGUGUGCUCGUGCUGCUGCUGCCGGGGGAGGUGGCGGAGAAGGGCAAGGGGGGCGCAGGCGGGGGCGGAGGGGCGGGCGGAGGGGGAGGGGGAGGCGGAGGGGGCGAGGGCGGAGUGAAGAAGUUCCGCCAGGAGGUGUUAGAGAAGGUGGAUACGGUGGCAGAACAGUUGGCAGUAGCUCUCCGCCAUGCAGGGGUGUUGGAGGCGAGCAGGCAAGCACACGAGGUGUUGCUGGAGGAGGGCGAGCAGCUCAAACAGGCCAACCUGGAGGGCAAGUCCGCCGUUAAGGCGCGAGACAACUUCCUGCAGGUGAUGAAUGCCAAGAUGCGCACGCCAAUGCACUCCAUCACAGCCCUCUCAUCCCUCCUCGCCGAGUCCGAUCUGAACGACGAGCAGCGCUCCAUGGCUGAAACGGUCGCCUUCUCGUCAACGCUCCUCGCGUCGCUGCUGUACGACAUUCUCGAGUUCUGGCGCCUGGAGGAGGACAACAUGAAGCUCGUGCUGGGCCCCGAACAGUUUGAGCUGCCUGCUCUGGUGACGGAGGCGGAAACGCUGUCUUCUCCUAUUGCCAAGGACAAGGGGAUUAUGCUGACCUUUAAAGCCGACCCCAACCUGCCGGAGAGCGUCAUCGGGGACGGCAACAGGCUGCUGCAGGUGCUGCUGAACGUGAUAAACAACGCCAUCAAGUAUACAAAUACAGGAACGAUCACAGUCACAGUGGCCCCCGAGCGCAUGGAGUGGGCGCGCGACGGAUUCGUGCUCAAGGCGGAGGCAGGGCACACGUUCAUCCGCUUUGAGGUGAAGGACUCGGGGGUCGACUUGAAUGCGGCGGACAUCCCCAAGCUGUUUGACAAGUUCCAGGAAGAUGAGACCAAGGGCAGCAGGACGGGUCUCGGCCUGGCGCUGUCGAGGAAGUUUGUGCAGCUGAUGAACGGGCACAUAUGGAUGGAGAGCAACGGGCGGGGCAAGGGGGCGACGUGCAAGUUCCUGGCGAUGCUGAAGCUCGACAGCGAGGGCAGCGACCGCAGCGAUGAGGACCAGGACGAGGGGCCUGACGUUAACUUCUUUGCUCUGCGGAUCAUGGUGGUGGAUGACAACAUGGUCAAUCGGCUGGUGACAAAGCGUCUGCUGGAUCGCAUCGGCAUCUCAACGCGCGUGGUGGAGUCGGGCAAAGAGUGCCUGCGCAUCCUGGCGGAGGAGCAGGACGAGGAGAAGUACGAUGUGCUGCUGCUCGACCUCAUGAUGCCCGAAAUGGAUGGGUACACAGUAGCAAACAAGAUCCGCACGGAGCUGAAGGCGGAGCUGCGGCCGAUGAUAGUGGCGCUGACGGCGAAUGCGGACGAGACCACCAAGGACCAGUGCCUGCGGCACGGCAUGGCCGGCAUGAUCACCAAACCCAUCUCGCUCAACGCGCUGCGCGACGUGCUCGGGAAGAUGCUGGACCAGAACGCGCGCAAUAACUGA